CUUGCCUUCUUUACAUUAUUGUAUUCCAAAGAAGAAAGUCAUUAGAGAUAAACUUUAAACCAUAAACCUAAGCAAUACUAAGGCCUGGGGAUAUACAGAUCAAAGCCAUCUGGUGUCUGUCUUGUGACUUUGGAAAAAGGCUGGGAGAGAAGAAAUGGGGGAAGCAGUAGCAGAGAUAGGUGUUCGCUUACGUUAUGAUAUUGAAUCAAUUCUCUCCUCACCUGGGAGAGAUUAUCUCAUCCGGAACAACGGUGAUCAGGUUAAAAUCAACACCUUGAAGGGGAAGACCAUUGGCCUUUAUUUUGCAGCUUCAUGGUGUGGUCCUUGUCGACAUUUUACUCCAAAUUUGAUAGAAGUCUACAAUGAACUCUCUCCACAAGGAAAAUUUAACGUUAUCUUGAUUUCAGAAGAUGAAGAUGAGGAUUCAUUCAAUAUGUAUUUCUGCAAAAUGCCUUGGCUUGCAUUCCCUUUCUCAGAUGCAGAGAGACGUGAUCGCUUGGAUGAGUUGUUCAAGGUGCGAGGGGUACCACAUCUUGUAAUCCUUGACCCAAAUGGAAAGGUUAUGAACAAUGAUGGUGUUGAUAUCAUUGAUGAGUAUGGAGUUGAAGGAUACCCAUUCACACAAGAAAGAAUUUUAGAACUAAAAGAGCAAGAAGAGGCAGCCAAGAAAGAGCAGUCAUUGAGAUCCAUAUUAGUCUCCAGAUCUCGUGAUUUUCUAGUUUCAAAUGAUGGAAAGAAGGUACCAGUCUCAGAGCUAGAAGGAAAGGCAGUGGGUUUAUAUUUCUCAAUGUCUUCAUACAAUUCAUGUCUGGAAUUUACUCCAAUACUCUUUGAUGUUUACAAGAGAUUAAAGGAGAGAGGAGAAAACUUUGAAGUUGUUUUAGUCUCCCUUGAUGAUGAUGAUGAAGAAUCAUACAAGGAAGACUUUGAUAUUAUGCCUUGGCUUGCAUUGCCUUAUGAGGAUAAGAGCCGUGAUAAGCUUGCUAGAUACUUCAAUGUUGCAAACCUUCCCACAUUGGUCAUAAUUGGUCCAAAUGGAAAAACUGUAAAUUUCAAUGCUGCUGAAGUUGUUGAAAAUCAUGGUAUUCAUGCAUUCCCAUUUACAAAGGCAAGAGUGGAAGAACUUGCAGUAAUAGAAAAGGCAAAACUGGGAGCACAGACUCUAGAGUCAAUUUUAGUUUUGGGGGAUCUGGAUUUUCUAAUCAAGAAUGAUGGUACCCAAAUUCCAGUGUCUGAGCUUAUCGGAAAUAAUAUCGUCCUAUACUUCUCUGCGGAAUGGUGUGCUCCAUGCCGUGCUUUUAUGCCUAAGCUUACCAAGACAUACAAUGAGAUUAAGGCGAAAGAUGAUGGAUUUGAAAUAAUUUUAGUAUCAAGUGACCAUGACCAAGCAUCCUUUGAUGAACUAUUUUCUACAAUGCCAUGGUUAGCAAUUCCCUUUGGUGAUGAGAGAAAGAAGUCAUUGAAGAAGAAGUUUAAGGUGUAUAGUAUCCCUACUGCCAUAGCUAUUGGACCAACAGGUCAAACUGUAGCAAAGGAUGCCAAGGAUCUUAUAAUGGUUCAUGGGGCUGAGGCUUAUCCUUUCACUGAAGCGAGAAUGAAGGAGAUAGAAUUGCAACUUGAGGAGAUUGCAAAAGAUUGGCCUAAGAAGGUGAAGAGCAGGCUCCAUGAAGAGCAUGAACUUGUCCUUACUAGACGUUUGCUAUACACAUGUGAUGAGUGUGAGGAGGAAGGGAAUGGUUGGUCUUACCAUUGUGAAGAAUGCUACUGUGAUCUCCAUUCAAAGUGUGUUUUGGAAGGAUCGGAAGGAGUACUACAAGAAGCUAAAAAGAGGGUAGUGGAGGUGAAUGCAGAUGAUGGAUUUGAUGAUUCCUCUGAGGAGGAAUGGAUCUGUGAUGGUGAGGUCUGUUAUAGGACAGGUUCCAAGUAAAGCUUGAUGUUGUCUGUGAUUGAAACUUUGGCUGUACCAGGAGCUUGUUUGACGACCAUAAUAAACCAGCCUUUUGUAAAACUAUUACUUACAUCAAAUUUCUAUGUAUGGACAUAUAUACACCCAUUAAAAUGUUUUGUAAUUCCCUA